UUCUUAACUCCGGUGUUUGGCCUAUCUCCAGCGCUCUCCUUCUCUCCUUCUCUCUCUGCACCUCACCAGUCCCCUGGGUCUGCUGCCCUUUCUAGGAAUUGAACUUGGUAAUCGAAGCGCGAGGAGGAGUCUUUCUUGUUGUUCAUAUUCUCUUGGAGGAGCUCGAGCUCGGGGGAGCUGAGCUCGAGAGAAGGAGGAGCCAUGGCAGCGGCCACUGCUGUCACCGCGCCCACGGCUGUACAUUUCGCCUCUGCGCGAGGAGCAUCAUCGCCUGCAUCAGCAUCUUCGUCAUCAUCGAAGCGGGCUUCUGCUAGGUUAGUAUCUGCUGCAUCAUCGAGCAAGCGUUGGGAGGGCCUGUCGAGCUCCUCAUCGAUUUUGCAACAGGGUAGCGGCAGCGGUUCGUUCAUUACCCAGGGAUUCGCUACUUUGAGGUCUCGGGGCAAGAAAAAUGUGGAUGGAUUGGUCGUGAAAGCGUCCGCUGCUGGCGCAGCUGUGCCGGCGCCAGCAUCUCCUCCUGCACCCAAGCCUGCCGAGCCAUGGCAGGGUGCUGCAAUGAAACCGCUUCUUGCCUCCAUUGUGACGGGAGUGAUUAUUUGGUUUCUUCCCACUCCAGCCGGCGUGACCAAAAACGCUUGGCAGCUUUUGGCGAUCUUCUUGGCGACCAUCGUGGGUAUUAUUACGCAGCCUUUGCCGCUGGGAGCUGUCGCCCUCAUGGGUCUUGGUGCAGCCGUGCUUACGAAGACACUUACAUUUGCUGCUGCCUUCAGUGCCUUUGGAGAUCCCAUUCCUUGGCUCAUUGCCCUCGCCUUUUUCUUUGCCAAGGGAUUCAUUAAGACUGGAUUGGGCAACCGCGUGGCCUAUCAGUUUGUGGCUUUGUUCGGGAAGACAUCUCUAGGACUUGGAUACAGUCUGGUGUUCAGUGAGGCAUUGUUGGCCCCAGCGAUUCCAUCUGUGUCCGCCCGUGCGGGAGGAAUCUUUCUCCCUCUUGUGAAAGCAUUGUGCAUCGCUUGCGGCAGCAGGGUAGGCGAUGGGACCGAGGGUAAGCUUGGUUCGUGGCUCAUGUUGACCUGCUUCCAAACUUCGGUUGUCUCCUCCGCCAUGUUUCUGACUGCUAUGGCUGCCAAUCCCUUGAGUGUGAAUCUGGCUGCCGGUGCCAUUGGUCAGACGAUUGGAUGGACCGACUGGGCUGUAGCUGCCAUUGUCCCAGGGUUCAUCUCUCUGUUAGUUGUUCCUCUGUUGCUUUACAUCAUCUACCCGCCCGAAAUCAAAAGCAGCCCCGACGCACCCAGGUUGGCACGCGAAAACCUGGCAAAAAUGGGACCUAUGUCGAAGAAUGAGAUGAUCAUGGCAGCCACCCUUUUUGUGACGGUCGGUUUGUGGAUCUUCGGUGGCAUGCUGAAGAUCGAUGCGGUGACUGCUGCAAUUCUGGGGCUUUCAGUCCUGUUGACCACAGGUGUUGUGACGUGGAAGGAGUGUCUAGGAGAAUCUGUCGCCUGGGAUACCCUAACCUGGUUCGCUGCCCUUAUUGCGAUGGCUAGCUAUCUGAACAAAUAUGGACUAAUCGCCUGGUUCAGUCAAACUGUCGUUAAGGUCGUUGGUGGUCUCGGUUUGCAAUGGCAGGCCUCGUUCGGAAUUUUGGUGCUUUUGUACUUCUAUUCCCAUUAUCUCUUCGCAAGCGGUGCCGCACACAUCGGAGCCAUGUUCACUGCCUUCCUCUCUGUCUCAACUGCCCUUGGUACUCCUCCUCUAUUCGGUGCCUUGGUCCUCGCCUUCCUUUCCAACCUCAUGGGUGGACUCACGCACUACGGUAUUGGUUCAGCACCUGUGUUUUACGGAGCAGGCUACGUUCCUCUCGCCAAGUGGUGGGGUUAUGGAUUCUUGAUCAGUGUGGUGAAUAUUGCCAUCUGGCUUGGUAUCGGCGGUGCCUGGUGGAAGUUUUUGGGCUUGUGGUAGAUGCACAUGAUUCGAAGAUUGUUCAACUUCGAUUUAACUCGGUGGAGGGCAAUUUCAAUUACGCGACUUUUCAUGAAUUCAUCCGAAGAUUGACAUCGGGCCUUGCAACUCUGAGAAUCGGUGAGGGGAGCUUUGAUCCUGGAGUGUAGAUAUAAAGGCAUAGGUCAGGUCUCUUAAGGCCUGGUCGAUCGGCUCCUCCUUAGGUGUCUAGAAGUUCUCGGCCUUCACUCUCUUGUAGUUUACUUCGAAAGGAAGAGCAGUUUUGUUUGCCGGAAGUCAGUCCAUCUAAGGUCGGUGGCUAUGUAUUUUUGCGAGCAGCAGAUCUAAUUAUCUGCCUCACGCCAAUUUUCUAAGAAUAACCCUGCUCUCCGG